AUGACAGAACCGGUUCUAAGGUCUGGCAAUGGAAUAGAUGCUAUGAGUGUUGGAAGAUUGGUUUCUAGUCCUGAAAUCCAGGUCGAUUCUGCUGAUACUAGUAGUAGUGCUAGUAGUGGUGCUAGUAGUAGUGGUAGUAGCAGUGGAAAUGGAGGUGCUUCGGCAGUUAGUCGCAUUUCUGUCGGUGGAGACCAAUUACACAACAACAAUCACCACAAUAAUGGAUUAAAUCAUAAUUAUAGCCAUAAUCCUGAUCAUAGUCAUGGUUCAGUGGGUAGUCGUCAUCAUGGAUUUUCCGAUAUUGGUGCUCAUGGCAAUGUUAAUGGCAAUGAUAUUAGUAAUACAGGUCCGGCCUCCGGAAGUAAUAUUAGUAGUGGAGGACUGGGGUCCGGUGUUGGUAAUGGGAUUGAACAUAAUUUCACGAGCUUGCCUCUUCCUACCGACCGUCGUUCAGUAUCCCAUUCGCCGUCUUCGGAUGGGUCAGUGUCUCCCGCAUUAUCUCCGAGACCCGAAAAUGGCUCGACUACUACCGGGGCAAGCUCGAUAUCUCCUUCGUACCAGGGCUCUACUGUUAAUGAGAAAGAUCGUGGUGAUGGUCAAGUUGGUGGUCGGGUUGAUUGUCCUGUGGAGUCGGAUAGUGAGAGCGGUACAGACCAAGCAGCUGCAACUGUACCAGCAGAUGGUGCAAUUCCGGCAGGUGUUAGUGGAGUAAUAGUGGGAGAAGGCACAAAAGGCAGGGAAGGUGGAGAGGGUGGAGAAGGCGAAGAAGUCGGUGAAGUCGGUGAAGUCGGCGAAGGCGGUGAGGAGCGAGAAAGGUCGAAUUCUGAUGUCAAUCCAGCACUAGCAGCGGCCGCUAUUGCUACUUUCAAGACUAUAUCAGCCAUGAAUACUGUUCGGAAGCGACGAAGAACACCAUUGUCAUGCCAGAUUUGUCGAAGUAGGAAACAAAAGUGCGAUAGGGGUCAUCCUUGUAGCACCUGUAAAGCACUUCGUCUCGAAAAAAGCUGUGUGUAUCAAACACUUUCCCCUCUGCGAACUGGAAAUGGCGGUCAUUCCACACCCAGCAGUCCUGUUGCUGCCAAUGGAGCAGUAAAAAAGAACGAGACCAUUAAAAUAUUUAAUCCCAUGACAAGACGAUUCUACCGAGUUGCUGCUCCUCAAUGGAACCUCCACGACAAAUCCAAGCCUGAUGGUGCCUCUGCUACAUCGACUAUUUUCAAUGAUCUUGGCGCUAUUACUUCAAAUGGACCAAUCACCAGCUCCGACAUGAUUAAACCAGAACAAAGUUUCGGCAACUCGCUCCCCCCCGACAAUGGGGCUCAUAGAGACUUUUCUGCUGCUGGUUCAGGUGUAUUUGGAGGACCUAGGUCUACACCCUCUCCGUCGAACCUUUCAAGCGGGCACAGAUCGGAUGCUGGUGGUUCUGGCAAUCCAUCUUUAGUGGAAAAUAUUUUUAAACCCACUUUGCGGUUCAAGUUCAACAGAAUCAAUUACUUUGGACCGUCUGCUGCGGCGGCUACUAGUGGUGGUUUGGACGACUCAGCACCUGAAGCGUACACCAUUUUCAACUUCAAUGCCGCUGAAAACAAAAAGAGUUGGGACAGUCUGAAGACUUCUGCUUUUCCAUUGACGGGAAAUGGCGCAUAUGGAGCUCCUAAUUGUCCCGACUUGCUAGAAAAAGAGCUUCAAAUCAAGGCUCUGGCUGACCGAUUGGCGUCUGGACAGUCGUCUAUCAAUGAAUGGGACAAAGUGCUCGAUUUUAUCCCUCCUCGUGAUGUGUGUGAUUUCCUCAUUGAACGAUUCCUGUCUUCUGUGAACACUGUGUUCUACUCGACUACUGCCUCGAUUCUCCGAGAAGACAUGAACUAUGUAUGGGUAAUGAAGCGUCACCGUCCUGUCGGCGAUAAUCUAGACAAGAUCGAGAUCCACAAAAUCUGUCUGAUUCUUUUGUGUCUUCGCUUGGCAAGAAUUUCUCUGCCUCGUGACUGGACUUGUAGCUCUGUCACCAACAAUAUCCGCGACGACUCUCAGGUAUAUCUUGGCCCGAAGCUCGUGCUGUUUGGGUUAUCAGUUAUUUCGAUGACCGAUAUCCAAUUGGAAGGAAACCUGACGUACAUCCAACUACUGUUAUUAUGCGCUGUUAAUAUGAUCCUGACCACGAGCGACAUGUCCGGUAGCUCGGCUUCUCCAUUAACGUUGAUUUCCAAACUUGUCGAGUCUACUUUAUCCAUAGGACUCCACAGAGACCCGUCGAAUUUCCCUGAAGUCCCUGUUCGGUUUCACCAACUAUGGAAAAUCCUCUGGCGCCAGACCGUCAUAGCUGAUACCGCCAAAUCCCUAGAACUCGGUAUCCCACCCCUCAUCAACCUCAAGUACUCUGACACCAGUUUGUACGACGAUGACGAGGGUACAACGAAUGACGAUGCCCUUCCUGCCGACGGAGAAAAGGACCGCACUUUAGCUGAUUACGAAUCUCUCGGUAAAGCAUUCUUGCGGAGCAAUCUCGAAUGGUGUCUAACAUGUCGUAAUCUGCUUGACCAAGUCCUUCUCGUUCCAGCCAACCUACUCCUUGCACCUGAUCUAGAAAAGACCAAUGUCAUUUUCAAGACUGCUGAACAUGCUCGAAUGUUAGCUUAUGAGGAAGCCCGUAUCAAAGUUCAAUCAAAAAGUUCCCUGACCAUCCGAGAGGAGCACUGCUAUGUGAUUCGGACUGUUUCGUACCUGAAGUACCUUCGAAUCAGACUGGCGUUCCUGCGAGUCCAGGGGUGUGUCAAUACUGACGAGAUGACCGAAUGUGCCCUUCAAGCAUUGACCAUUCAGCGCGACGUGAUUCGCAAUGCUUCUAAACUGUCGUCACUACAUUACUAUCUCCUUGUCGAGAUAUUCCGACUCAAUCGCCCUGCCUGGAUGAGAAUCAUGAUGAUGGUUACCAGUUCGAUCGUAAAAUCGUCUACCCCUGUGUCACAACACACUCUGGCCACUAUCAUUGCCCUAUACAAGGAAACACGAGUGCUCGUCGACACGUCCUACUGUGCCUGGAAGGAGAACAUCAGCAUGCUAAUGGCCCUCCGAAAUGUGAAAGCACUCUCGCAAGUGGUUGGCCAUUCGGACCUCGACCAGCUCUGGCACGAACUGGACGCCUUCUCCGAACUGCCAGUGCCAUGCCAGCCCGAGUGGCUCGACUACUUCAAUUUCGAAUCCUCGUGCACCGAAAGCACUCUUUAG